AGAACAGGAAAAUCACAUUGACCUGUCACCUUCUCAUCUCUUUCUCUCCCUCUUCCCUCUCGUACUCGAGCAAAAUGUCUUCAGACAAACCCCAAUUCGAAAUCGGCCAUCAGCCACCCAUCCAACACCAAGAUGUCCCCGGCUCGCAAGCCGCCCUCGACCCGCAGCCGCAAACCGAGCACAUCGCAGAUGGAGAAGGCGACUACAAAAGGUACAAAGCUGCAGGCAAACUGCAAGGCAAAAAAGCCCUAAUCACCGGCGGCGACUCGGGCAUCGGACGCGCCACUGCCGUCCUCUUCGCUAUGGAAGGCGCCGACUCCUUCAUCGCGUACCUCCCCGAAGAAGAGAAGGAUGCACAGCAGACGAAGGCGCUGGUGGAGAAGUAUGGACAGAAGUGCCAUUUGCAUCCCACCGAUUUGAAGAAGAGGGAGAAUUGCGAGGCGGUGGUCAAGGCGGCUGUUUCUGCUAUGGGGGGCAUCAAUAUCCUGUUCAACAAUCAUGCGUAUCAGAUGAUGCGGGAGAAUAUCCUCGAGCUCAGCGAGGAGCAGUGGUUGCAUACCUUUGACACGAACAUUCAUCCCUUCUUCUACCUCAGCAAAUACACCCUCCCGCACAUGUCUCAAGGCGACACCAUCAUCAACAACGCCUCCAUCAACGCCUACAUCGGCCGCCCGGACCUGCUCGACUACACCAGCACCAAAGGCGCCAUCGUCUCCUUCACCCGCGGCCUCUCGAACCAGUUUGUCGGCAAGGGCAUUCGCGUCAACGCCGUGGCGCCCGGGCCCGUGUGGACGCCGCUGAUCCCCGCGACGAUGAGCGAGGAGGCGCAGAAGCAGUUUACCAGUCCCAUGGGCAGGCCGGCGCAGCCGAGCGAGAUUGCCACUUGUGUAGUGUUUUUGGCGAGUACGGAUUCGACGAUGUUGAGUGGGCAGGUGUUGCAUUGUAAUGGUGGGGUGAUUGUGAAUGGGUAGAGGUCUGCUGCCUCGAGGGAUGAUGCCAUGACAUAGAGAUAGAGCAUAUGAGCAAUAUAUUCCAGUGCUGCGACAUAUG